CGAGAGAGAGCCGGCCUUGGUCCCUUCGCGUUCCUGCCUGGGGUCCCAGGAACCUGCGCCCACCCCCCGCCGGCACCUUCUUCGCAGCACAUGGGGACGCUGGUGGCCAAGCUGCUCCUGCCAACCCUCAGCAGCCUGGCCUUUCUGCCCGCCGUCAGCAUCGCAGCCAAGAGGCGUUUCCACAUGGAGGCCAUGGUCUACCUCUUCACUACCUUCUUCGUGGUGCUCUACCAUGCCUGCAACGGGCCCGGUCUGUCCGUGCUCUGCUUCACGCGUCACGACAUCCUGGAGUACUUCAGUGUCUACGGGACGGCGCUAAGCAUGUGGGUCUCCCUAAUGGCACUGGCCGACUUCGAUGAGCCCAAGAGGUCGACGUUUGUGAUGUUUGGCGUCCUGACCAUCGCGGUGCGGGUCUACCACGACCACUGGGGCUACGGCGUGUAUUCGGGCCCCAUCGGCACGGCCGUCCUCAUCAUCGCUGUCAAGUGGCUGCAGAAGAUGAAGGAGAAGAAAGGCCUGUACCCCGAUAAGAGCGUCUACACCCAGCAGAUAGGCCCCGGCCUCUGCUUCGGGGCGCUGGCUCUGAUGCUGCGCUUUUUCUUUGAGGACUGGGACUACACCUAUGUCCACAGCUUCUACCACUGCGCCCUGGCCAUGUCUUUCGUCCUGCUGCUGCCCAAGGUCAACAAGAAGGCCGGGAACGCGGGGGCCCCGGCCAAGCUGGACUGCUCCACGCUGUGCUGCGCUUGUGUCUGACGCCGCCCCAGCCCAGCUC